UGUCAACCUCUGAUCUCCCAGGUCUACAAGACAUUUUAUUUAAAAAGUUUAAUUCCCAACAACUUAUGGCAUUGUGUUUUGAUAUGGAGGUGCGGGUGUUGGAUUGAGUAAAUGUUUAUUGAGGGAAGGGGGGAAAAAAAACACCAUCCCUAAUGCUCUUUGCAAUACAGUUGAUGGCGGGAAACAGAGUUGGCUUCAUGGAAAAAAAAGCGCGCCAAACCAAACACGUGCCCGGGACUACUUCCGCCCUCAGCCCGAAACCGCGUCGCUCAUCGCCUCCCGCGCGCGUCACCCUCCGCGGGGAAAAGAAUUAGUGCGGCUCCCUCAACGCGCCGGGCGACCAGAGAGAGAGAGAGAGACCCGAGAGAAGGGGAGGGGGUGAGAAACCGAGAGGUCAUAUCGUACCGGGGCCGUCAUCCCGUUUGAAGGAGCGGGGGGUGGGGGGGAGAGAGAGUAUCCUUCCGCCCGCCCGGCCGGGAGACCUUCCACUUCCGGAGAAGAGGCGGCCGCCAUUUUGUUGGCCCACCUUUUUUUUAAAAAAAAAUUGACAAAACAAACUCAGAAAAUAUUUCUUUUCCCCCCCCGACGCGAUAUUUUUCCAACUCCCUGACGGCAAAAGAGGGUCGAUUCUCCUCAGGAAAACGACGGCCGGCGUUAUAUGUUGGAGGGAGGAGGACGAAGACGACGACGACCGCCGCCGGGUGCGGGGAGGGAGGGGGGGGCGGUUUGUUGAGAUAAAAAGAUGUCCCUGGUGGAUUUGGGGAAGAGGUUGUUGGAGGCCGCUCGAAAAGGACAGGAUGAUGAGGUGCGAACACUAAUGGCAAAUGGUGCUCCCUUCACUACAGAUUGGCUGGGCACAUCUCCUCUUCAUCUUGCAGCCCAGUACGGUCAUUAUUCAACAGCAGAAGUCCUCCUCCGGGCCGGAGUUAGUCGGGACGCCCGAACCAAAGUUGACAGGACACCACUGCACAUGGCAGCAGCUGAGGGCCAUGCAAGCAUUGUGGAGCUCUUGAUCAGGAACAAUGCAGAUAUAAAUGCUAAGGACAUGCUGAAGAUGACUGCUUUGCACUGGGCAGUGGAACAUGACCAUCGCGAGGUGGUGGAGAUUUUGUUAAAAUAUGGAGCAGAUGUUCAUGCUUUGAGCAAAUUUGACAAAAAUGCCUUUGAUAUCGCCCUUGACAAGCACAAUCCUGAAUUGGUGGGAAUAUUGCAGGAAGCCAUGCAGAAUCAAGUGAACACAAAUCCAGAGAGGACAAAUUCAGUCGCUGUCGCCACACCACAGUUCAUCAUUGCGCCUGCAGGAGUGAUGAACCUCUCAGGACUGGUUUCUUCAACAUCUACCAAAACAACCUCAGGUGAAUCUGGUGUAUCCACAGUACAGUAUGGUAACUCCACAACCUCAGUACUGGCUACGCUGGCUGCUUUAGCUGAAGCUUCAGGGCCACUCUCAAAUUCACCCCGAAGUACAGGUGCAACAGAGGAAGUGGUGACUGCAGACUCGGUCGACUCGGCGAUUCAGCAGGUCGUAGGCAGUGGAGGUCAGAGGGUUAUCACCAUAGUGACGGACGGUGGGGUGCAGCUGGGUAACCUUCCAGCGGGCAUUAACACUGGCCAGCCAUUCAUUGUGACCAUGCAGGAUGGACAGCAAGUUUUGACCCUCCCAACCACCCAUGUUGAGGAAGAGACAGUCAUCACUGAAGAAAUGCCAGCAAAGAAAGAGUGUCUGGAAGAAGUCCUGAAUCAUUCCGAAUCAAUAGAGAAGGACACGAAUGACUGCUUGGAGAGGGAACUACUUCAAAAGCAGCUCCACGAAGCAAACCGGAAAGCUCAGGAGUACCGGCAGCAGCUGAUGAAGAAGGAACAGGAAGCAGAGGAGUACCGCAUGAGACUGGAGGCUAUUGCAAGGCUCCACACCACAGCUGAGGAGAUCACUGUUGUAGAGGAGGUCACAGAUGAUGGCACUGGCACGGUGAUCACUAUGGCAGCAGAGCUGGAAGGUCCUGAGACCACGGUGGAAACAAUGGAACAGCCUACUGACAUGGCGACAGAAACAGUGACUUCGUAAAAUCUCCCUCUCAGCGCCCCCACUUCCCCAUCCCCCACAACACCAACCUUCAAAACCUUCUCCCUGAUGCAUUUUGUUUGUCAAAUUUGAUGCGCCUGUGUUUGUGCGCACAAGUCAAGUACAGCUCGGGGGCAAGCUGUUGGUCACUGCCACACCCCACACACAGACGAUCACUUUAUGAUUGCACAAGAAUUCCUCUUGGAACUCGACACCAGGAAACCUUUGAACGCUAGCAGGUACAAUUUUUUCCCCCUGGAUUUUCAGAAAAUGGGGAGCGAUGGGAGGAUGUUGGGUGUUGCUAAGUGCGUUGUUAGAAUCCAGAUACUCCAAUUCACGUCCAAGCAGGAGAAUAUCCAGCAGCUUGAACUCCAUUGGGGUUAUGGUUUUGACUGCAGGGGUUUGGUGGGAAGUGAAAAGAGGGAAGGAUGGAAAUUAAACGGCUUCAACGUCAACGUUGUUUUGUUUCUGCUGCGAAAGCACCGAGAGGCAAGGCUGGCGAAAUGACGCUGGCCCUGCAACUUAAUACAUCCACACGCCUAGGCACCAUGACCUCUUGGUGUAUGUCUUCUCUAGGCCAUCGAUGUUAUGUCUGCAUUUUAAUAAUUUCAAAAAAAAAAUAUGUAGUAGAGUCCUUUUGCCUUGAAUACGGAGAAAGAAACAAACAGUGCAAAAUCUUCCUAUGGGUAAUUUUAAAUUAUUUUGAACUGUGAGAAUUUCCCACACUGCAAUAUGCAAUCAGUUAUUCACCUGGUAAAGAGAAUAUUUUAAGUUUGUGAGCAGCGUGGGGGCAAAGCGAGUCCACUAAUAGAGACUUUUAAAAAAUUGUUUGGUAAUAUUAUUUGGUAUUAUUAUGUACCAAUUCCUUUGUCUGUAUUCCCGCAGAGGUAUCUUUCUGACAGAUGUAAAUUUCCCCUCUGAACUUCUGUCAGUAGGUAGACAGGGAGUUUGCUGUUUGCUGCUGACCUUCAGAGUCUAUGAAGAUUUGCAUUCAUUUAGCACCUUCUCACAUUGCUCAGAAAUGCCACAAAGCAUUUCGCCUGCAGCGAACUGCUCUGAAGUGCAGUAACUUGUUAUGGAGGCAACGUUCAAAGAUAAAGGUGCUGACCACUCCUUAGUUGUCAGCAUUUCAGGGGUUUUCAACCAUUUUGGAUGUUUCAUUUCAGAAGAGAUUGAAACAAAGUCUAAGAUUGAAAUGUCACCUCUUCAACCCGUUCCCCCAUUCUGUUUUCAGUGUUCCAGUUUAAUUUGAAGCUUCAGAAGGUUCUAUUCUGGCUGUGGAGGGUUCCAUCACAUGGCCUUGGAAUUGGCAGAAGUGCCCAGGCAUCUUGCAAAACGUUUUCUCUUCUUGUUUAUAACACCCUUUAUUUUACCAGCAUCUCCAAGAUUUUGCAUAAUUAAUUAACAAAGAUGGUCAAAGUAAAUGAAACAAGUGCAUCAUGGUGUUUUUUAAACUCCUGUGAUUCUUCCCCCAGCUGUUGCUGCAGCAAAUUUUCAGGAAGAUAAUCUUUUUUUCUCCCCGAAGACUCCUGAACAGUUCAAAGGGCUGGUGAACCCUCAAUGAGAAAGCGGCUGAUAUAUCCACCUUGAGCAUUUUGUCUUCCUUGAUCCCAAUUAAAAUGAGACCUGUUGGAUUUGUACUCGGUCCAACAACAGCCACAUCACUAGAGUCCAAGGACCCGAAACUCCAGGUUCAAAGACCUAAAGUUUAGAUCAGUUUUGUCAGUAUCCCUUCAUAUAAAUCAAGUUUGCUUUAUUGCCGAAGUAGGUCCCCUCUGUGGGCAGAUGUUAGAAUUUAUUAGUAACUUUCCCCUUUACUCUUUUGAAACAUAGACUUGAAGUUACCUGAUAAUUUGAAGGUAAAUACCAAGUCUUAUGUGGGCCUUCAAUCCAGUUAGAUGCCUGGAUGUUGAUCAGGGACAGGAUGUGGCUUCAUUCUGGUGCCCUGCUAUUUGGAACUGUAUGCCAAAAAAUCACAGCUGGUCCUGCACAGAUAUGGCCUCUUUGCUCAUGAGGCACUUGGAUAUGAGUGAUGUUUGUGUGAUAAUUCCCCUGGCAUAAAUGAGUAGCAGAGGGGGAAAUCUCUGUUUGCUUCCCAGUGUCUCCUUUUAACUGAAGCUGGUCUGUAAAGUGAGAUCUGAAGAGCAUCAAUUGAGUUGAGAUUGUCAAACGACAUAACUUGGUGAUGAAAAGGUGGUCAUUUAUGCAGCAUUUAAUUGUGUCUGAGACAUGGUGGAGAGCACUUCCUAUACAAUACCUUGCCUACGUAACAACUGCACUUCAAACACCUUGUUGCUUUGGUGUCCUUUCAUUUAUAUUUCAGAAGGUGAUCACAUUUUUAAUAGAUUUAUUUUCUAAUGAACCUUCCUGUGGACAGGUUUGCUUUUCUCAUUUACAGCUGCAUUGUGCAUUAGCUGUACAGCCAGGGUCUCGCAUAAUUUUCUCGACCCUUUUUUAUAUUUAAAGAAGAAAUUUGUAUUUUUUAAAUCAUUUUUACUGUUGUCUAAGGUUGUGCCUCAUAGUUAUUUUACAACUGAAUAUUCAGUUUACGCAAUUGGUUAUAUUAAAGCACCGUUUUAAAAAGGUGUCUUCUCUUCGGAUGUGUAUUUAGGGUCGUCUUGUGAUUUAUGGUAGUCUGGUCACGUGGAAGUUGUAAUGUCCUGUUGAAGAGCACAGUGGGUCAUUUCAAAACAGCCGUCAGGGUUUUCAUAAUGGCUGGCACGCCUGGCAUCAGUAAACUCGAAUGAAAUGGGUGCAGUGUUGUUCAAAAUGGCUUUAAGGUCGCUUAAGAUGGCUGUCUAUGCAAGUCACUGGUGAAAGUAAAAACAAAUGCCAGCAUAUUGCUUCAUCCUGUCUUCUGCUAUUGCUUCAAUGUUGUCCCAGUAUUUGAAUUUACAGAUUAUAAUCUUCAUUUGGAGGGGUCACUGACUUCCCCAAACUCCAGGCACGAAGCUGGCCAUAACUCUGUGUUUGUGUAUUUUUUUUUCCUCUUUAAAUUACAUCAAACGCUGGACAUUUUCUAUAAGAUUAUCUGCUUGUUGAGCAGCUGCCCUUUUGCAAACAGUCUUUCUGGGUUAUGAUCAUCUAAUUUUCCUACUCAUUCAAACCGCCUCCUUGCCUGACUGAAAUUAAACAGCAGAUGGCUUCUGGCUCACUGUCACAUGGACCAUUCUGCACUUACUUGUCCCACACUCGCUCUGGGGGGGUGGGCCGUGUUACUUGCAGUAAAGUGGGGUUCCUACUUGGUUACUUGUGUAAUUAUGCUUUCCACUUCUUGACUUUUGGUACUUACCAAUCAGUGAUGUAACAUAAGUUGUUUAAACAUUUUCUGUAACUCUUUUAAACGUGUUGUCUCUAGAAAAAUAUCAGCGUUUUUUGUUUGUCUCAUUCCUCCCUUGCCCCCCCCCAACAAAUUGGUCCUAACAAUUCUUCACCCAACCUCUGGGAAACCAAAACAGAGACUAGAUUGAGUAUUAAUGGGCUCUGGGAGCUGGCAAGAAAUCAAUCUGUGUAGAGUUGUGAAUAAUAGAUCAGUGCAAUGGGUCUCAGUCUUGCUCUGAAUUGGUUGCUGGGGAAAGGCAGACAACCCACAUUCAUGUGACUGCUCUGUGGCUUCACAGAAUUUAAACUAUUUACCACCAUGUUGUGUGACAUGGAAGUGCAGAGCACUUUGGGUAGGAUGAGUUGGAGAGUUUAUUCUGAGAUAGUGGCAGAGGUGCAGACAGAUUUUUGAUUUUCUACAGAGUUAGGGGCAGACAGAAAAGUGAGUUUCAGGGAAUGAUUGGGUCAGCCUUGAUCUUGAAUGAUGAAGCAGGCUGGAGGCGCUGAAUGGUUUACUCCUAUUUUCUUAUGUUGAUACGGUAUUGAAAGAACUCGACUUUCUCCAACCCAUUUGUUUGCAGCUGUGUGCUGGUCCUGGUACAGCUAGUAUAUUCUGUGGCAGCUGUGGGCUUUUCAUUUCCUCGCACCCUCCUUUGCAUGCUUUUUCUGUAUCAGUUAAUUUUGUUUAUUCUCUUUUUGCUCUCGAUCUCUCUUGAUUGAAUCCUAACUCUGAGAUGGUGAUCUUGUCGGUUUUUCUCUCCAUUAACUCUGCACGUUGUCUGCCAUUUUCUGCUAAGCCACAUGUCUCUUUGUGCUGAAAGGGUCAUUUGUAUAUGAAUCCUAAAUCUUUUAUACGAGGUACUCCAACUUUAGGAGCCAGCUGAGCUAACAGUGACUGGAGGGAGAUGCAGUUAAAGAACCUUAUGGUGAAAAGCUGAGCAGUGUGGAAUCGUGGAACAACACAGCACAGAGGGAGGCUGUUCAAGAGUAGAACUGUUGAUGUGCAUGAUAGUGUUGCUAUUUGGACAGCAGUUAGCUUCUGAUGGAUACCAUUCAGCGCCUUGGGCCUGUUGUCCCAUUUAGUUUGAAUUGUCUUAGCUCCACCUUCCUGGUCCCCUAACCUUUAAUUCGGUAGCCCAACAAAAAAAAAACUCAAUCAGGAUUGGGUGUGAUGCUUUUGCAGCCAGUGAUCUAUAACCUCUCCAUCAAAUCAAGAAAGUAGGAGCAGACCAUUUGCCCCUUCACAUUUGCUCCACUACUCCAAGGCAAUCAUGGUUGGAUCUCCUGUCUGAAUGCCAUAUUCCCGUUCUUUCUCCAUACCUAAAAAACUGUCAACAUUUUUCUUGAAUGUACAGAGCCAGCGUCCGCAGGCCGACCACCCUCUUGAGUGAGUAAAUAUUUCCUCAUUCUCAUGUCUAAGUGAUUGGCACCUGCAACAAUAACAUAGGGGGGAAAGGAGAGAUAUAGGGGCAGGAGUCGGCCAUUUGACCCUCUGAGCCUGCUCCACUAUUCAGGGUAUGCAAGGCCGAUCACCCAACUCAACAGCCUGUUUCUGCAUUUCACCCCACAUCCUUUUUGAUUACUUUAGCCCCAAGUGCUAUGUCCUCCUUUAAAUCGGUCAGCAGUCACAUAACACCAGGUUAUAGUCCAACAAGCUUUCCGAACACUGCUCCACUUUACCUGAUGAAGGAGCAGCACUCCAAAAGCUUGCGAAUUCGAAUAAAUCUGAUGGACCAUAACCUGGCGUCGACCUUGUCCACUCCAGUCCAACACCAGCACCCCCACAUCGUCUUGAACUCGAGUAAUAGGAAUGUACAGGAUAGAUGCACACCCUUCUGUCCAACUCGUCCAUGCCAAUCAAGUAUACUAAAUUAAACUAGUCACAGCAUUUGGCUCAUUUCCCU